AUGCCCCACCAAUUCGAAUCCGGCCACGUGCUCGUCGCGCCCAUUGACCUCGAAAGCCGAAAGACCCCCGAGGAGAGAGCCAGUGAGAGCGCCGCCAUCCUCAAACACCCCCGCCACGCAGAGAGUAUCCACUGGCGCGGAUGCCUGAACAAGUCCGUCGACCUGGUCGAGCAGGUUACCCGGUACCUGCACGCCCACGGCAUGACCUUCUUCGUGGUAUGCUGCGCGUACUGGCACCUCGAGAACCAAUGGAAGAUGUUGGUGGACUUCGGCAAGACGGGCCUCCCGGCGGCGGCGCGCGGGGAGAUCCUCGCGCGGUUCCUGGGACCGGAAACGCCGCUGGAGAUCGACCUGGCGCUGGAGUUGCGCAAGGAGGCGCGGGCCGGGGAGCGGGCAAUUGCGCACUGGGAGCGCAGGCGCGUAUACUCUUAUAGGACGCGGCUGGUGAUGGGGGGGGGGGGGCGCGCUCGUGUGGUCGAGCGCGACGGCGAGGUUUUACUGAGGACACGGGAGUUGGAGAGCGAGUCGCCUGAGGGCUCCGCGACGGGGUCGAUGGCCAAGUGGCUCCGCGCCUUCUGGCCCCCGAGCAUGCGCAGGAAGAACAACUCCGGUUUGCCGCUGGAGGUGGCCUGGGCGAAGAUGAGGCUGCCGGGCAAGAUAAAGAACCUCCUGACCGAUCUGCCCGCGUUGGAUGAACCAGUUAGGUUUAUUCCUGAGCUGGAAUCCCGCCGCAGAAGCACCCCCAGCAUUUUCUCACAACAAACCGUACGCGCGCUCGACCCGUUGCAGCCCCGCGGCAUCCUCCCCUGA